GUUUCGCGUUCAUGGCGCCAACCUCGCUUCUCUUCCUUGUCGCAGCGGCCUUUGCUGCCACAGCCACCGCCUUCUCGGGCCCCGCGACAACGUACGGUGGUCCUGACGGCGUCGACGUCCAAGGUGGCAACUGCGGUAUCAUGGCGUCGCUCCCGAACGCCAAGGCCUUCCACGUCGCGAUCAACCACGAGCAGUGGGACUCGGGUCGCAACUGCGGGCGCUGCGUGCAAGUCACGUGCACCGACAAGCGCUGCAAGUCGCAUGCCAAGGUCAUUGGCCAAGUGACCGACCAGUGCCACGAGUGCGGCUACGGCGGCCUCGACCUCACGCUGCCGUUUUUCAAGCAAGUGACGGGCGACACGACCGACCGGUACACGAUUUCGUGGUCGUUUGUCAACUGCCCAGUCUCGGGCAACAUCCAAGUGUGCGCGAAGGAAGGGAGCAACCAGUACUGGCUCGCAGUGCAGGCCGGCAACACGCGCUCGGGCGUUGCGAGCAUGAGCAUCAACGGCAAGAAGAGCCCGCUCAUGAAUGCCGACUCCAACUACUUUUACGUGUCGACCACGUCCAACAUUCCGCUCAGCAAAACCCAAGUGAGCCUGACGUCCUUUAGCGGCCAAGUCGUCUCGGCCACCGUCAACUUGACACCCGGCAAGUGCACGGCGAUCCGUAGUCAGUUUACACUCUAAUCGUUUGUUGAAAUUCUUUGUCUGUGGUAUCGAAAAUCUGGAUUCACCAAUUCACCAUGUUGAGAGGCGAUACACCGAUAGAAUAAUGGGACAAAAGUAAACGAC